CUGUCCAGUCCCUACGCUAUUAUAACUGCAAUCAGCCAGGUCCCAAAUCCCGUUGGCCGCUCCAACCGCUGCAGAACAGGGGAGGGUGGCCACGGUGAUGGAUACCGGAGCAACGGAAAUGGUGACCCCUGCGGCCACCGAGAUAGGGCCCGAUGAAUACAUGGCUGCGGCGAUGUUCGAACCCGGGACCAUCGGAGUGAUACGUCAUGUCCAACGAAUUACUGAGGAAAGCGACCUCGGGCCGUGGAGACCAGGGUUCGAAGACCUUGCGGCGCCUGGCCCUGAAUACAAGGAUGGCCAUAUCGACGUAUUGGUUGCCUUGAAGGCUCUGGAUCUUCGGAUCCCCGAGCAUGAACUGCUCGAGCACUUCCAGCCGCCCAUCUCGGACGCUCUUCUCCGGAACCGGUUCAACGACGAUCGGCAGCUGCGCUUCGACAUUCAGCAGGUGAACAUGACGGCACCCAGCGUUGCCGACUUGGCGGUGUACUCGCUCCUCGCGCAGCGGGUGACGUACGCGGGUGUCUAUGUGGACAUAUCGCCCGUGCCAGGCCAGGAAUCCACGCGAGUGUUCAUCGAGUCCCGAGCCGUCCAGGUGGUGACGAACUUUGUGCACAGCGUGGCUAUUCUCACCGAGGAUUUGACCGUCUUGCCCGGGCACGAUCGGGAGCCGGCGUAUAGAUUCUUGCGCGAGUACGCCCUUCAGCUCCCCUAUCCUAUGCGCAACUUUCCCGAGUACCUAGUGGAGCUGACGGACGUGGAGCAGUUGCCGCCCGYUGACGAGGACGCGUGGGAGCUGCAUCGGGCGCUGUAUUCAUCGGUGGUGCUGGGCAUGUUCACAUUCUUCGUGGAGCACGAAGUUCACAAUGUCGGCGAAAUCCUCCACGUGUACUACAUGAUCGCUAAGCCGAAGCCGGAGCGGAAGGAGGGAACAGUGGCGCUUUAUCCUUUUGGGAGGAUCGGAACGAAUCGCCCGGGGCUCUUACAACUCAUUCACAUCGAGUUGUUGUCCAUUGCGCAGGUAAUCGCCGCGGAAGAAGAAGACUUGCAGCUCAGACUACAGACCGCCUCAGCUCCGUGCAGAUCGUAUAACACGGCGGUGAUACCUGACUAUCUGGCGCGUGAAGGGGAGUCCGUGGUGGACUUCGGGCACAAAGAUAAGCCGCUGCGUCCUCCAUCAUCGUAUCCAAAGCCGGUGGCCUUGAAGGCACCAAGAGAGAGAACCGUCCCGAAGCGGCGACGAAGUCCAUUGCCGGAAGCUCAGCCGGGCAAUCAAGCGCAAGGGGGGGAUUGGGACGAGUUCCAUAUCCCGCAUCCAGAGCCCCCCUCCUUGCAGGACCGUUCCGAUUUCGCCAGCCCGCCCGGGAUACCCCGGUCAUUGUCAUUAGCAGUUCCCCCGAGCCGGACAGUCCAUCAAACCGACGUGGAUCACAUGGUGGAACUGGCCACCCUCCGGUUUGAGGCCAUCAAAGGGGCGCCACGUCCCGAUCCGGCAUGGGAGGCGUUCUUGCAAGUUCCAUUCAAUGGAUGUAUAGCGGCGAGGUUGGUGGGCACACUCAUCUACGAGACCGGCGGGCGGCCCAGUAUUAUGUACCAUAUCCUGGUCUUCGCGGCGGUUAAGCGGGAGCAGAGGCCGUACACGGAGACCCAUCUAGUGCUGACGGGUUCGCGAAAUCGGCCGCUGCGACGACGAAUCAUUCGAGCGAUCGCCGAUCUCGCGCCACGGGUCCUCUCGCAAGUGCCGGAGGCUUUCCUUUACCCCUCCUUUGUCCAACACCACUUCAAUGAAGUGGAAGUGCCGGCCAACUUGGCCGCGCUCACGGCGUUUCUUCCUCCUCUUCCUCCCCCUCUCAAUCCGGAGAUUGAUUACUUCCUAUAAUCAUCUCCACCACCGCCUCUUUCUUUUUCUUCUUCUUUUCCGGAUCUAAAGCUCGCGUGAUGAUACUCGCUGUGUAUAUCUUUAAAAAAAAAAAACUUACCGAUCGGGCCAGCUGACAAUGAAGGGGCCGCCCGAUC